AUGUCUCUCCCUUGCUGCGCCCACGGUGCUCCCAGGCAGCACACCCAGCAGCGCAUGCACCCAGGGGUGCAGGCACGCAGGGGAGAGGGCCAUGAGGAGCGAUGGGACGCAGCACAACACACCCAAACCUCCUCACCUUCCACUCCAGCAUCAGCUCUCGGUGUCUCUCCCUUGCCGCACCCACGGUGCUCCCAGGCAGCACACCCAGCAGUGCAUGCACCCAGGGGUGCAGGCACGCAGGGGAGAGGGCCAGGAGGAGAGAAGGGAGGGCCCCUAGCUUCGCUCCUGCCUGCUCGUUCGCCCCGUAUGCCCGUGCCAGGGAGGCAGUGUGCGGUGCAGCAGUGUGUGCGGCAGGAGCAGCAUAUGGAGAAUGGAACGGUGCAUGCCUUGAAGGAAGGAGUGGAGAUGGGUGGAGCGGUGGAACAUGGGAGUGAGAGCACUCCUCAAACCAGCCCAGUGGUUACCCCUAAAAACAGGGAGAGGGAAGUGAUGGGUAGAGAAGUGGAGGGUAGGGAAGUGAAGGAGAAGGGAUGGCGAUGGUGCAAGCAAGGGGAUGAGGGACGGAAGGGACACGCACCGAGCAAACAGCAGCCCCCGGCCAGGGGUGCGGCUGGCAGUGGGGGGUAUGGGGCCAUGGUGAGAGGCAGUGGCGAUUCAGUUUGGAGUGAACCCACAUCAGUUGUGCAAGGGGAUGGGGAAUGUGAGGGACACGCACCGAGCAAACAGCAGCCCCCGGCCAGUGGUGGGGCUCGCAGUGGGGGGUAUGGGGCCAUGGUGAGAGGCAGCGGCGAUUCAGUUUGGAGUGAACCCGCAGCAGUUGGGGAUGGGGAUGGGGAAUGUGAGGGACACGCACCGAGCAAACAGCAGGCCCCCGCCAGUGGUGGGGCUCGCAGUGGGGGGUAUGUGGCCAUGGUGAGAGGCAGUGGCGAUUCACUUUGGAGUGAACCCACAGCAGUUGGGGAUGGGGAUGGGGAAUGUGAGGGACACGCACCGAGCAAACAGCAGCCCCCGGCCAGUGGUGGGGCUGGCAGUGGGAGGUAUGGGGCGGUCAUGGAAUGUCUUGAAGCGACGGAGCAGAACCUCUUUCACUAG